CCAAGGGACCUCGGAAAGUCUAAGCGUUACCGGUCUUUCCCAUUUUGGGGCUGCGCUUGGCAGUCUCGCUUCCCCACCCCUGCCGUUACAUCCGCCGAUUCUUCCUUUGCCUGACAACGCAGCCUCUUUGCCGCGCAAUCGGAGCUGGUCUCUCCCCAAAGACUCACUGCCACACCACCACUUUUGCUCGAGACUAACACAGCCAUGGGUGAUGAGGCGAACAAGCAUGUCGCGCAGCUCGCUGAUCAGCUUGCGGAGGGUUUCACAGCGUUGAGCGGAGAGUACCAGGCUCUGUUCGACCAGCAAAAGCAGCUUGAAUGCAAGCUGUCCUGGGCCAAACAGCAGUAUCUCGAUCUUCUGAAGCGCUUCACGCCGAGCACACUGUCACAGGAGCAUAUUGCGUUCCUUCAGGACCUCGAGCGAGUCGCCGAAGAACAACCCCGGGCGCGGUUGAACGUGGUGGAUCUGUUGGCUCAAGGUGACGAUGUGGAGCGAAAGAGUCGGGCUGUAGUAAUUAGACAGGCUGAGGUCGCUGCGACUGCCCUGCGUGCUCCCACCGAGGAUGCUGGUGUCAGAAUCUGGAGCGGCCCUCAAGCGGACCCACAAACAAUAUUAUCGAAUACCCAAACGAGCAGUGUCACAUCGCCCAUGGAGAAAGACUUCACAGCACUUGGAACACCCAGUAAGCUUGGGUGUCCAUUCGCUUCGGGAGCUGGAAGAGGCAGUUCGCUCGCUACCCCGCGUAGCUCCACUUCAAGACUGAGCUCGCGAGGCAGAAGAUCGAAACGCCCAUCCUUCACCGACCCUAUUCGCGCUGAGAUUUGUGGAAACAACCCAUCCUCGCCCUCUGUGUCCGUCGAGGGGUCUGCCGUCGUGUGCCCGAUUCGAUUCCUUGACCAGCAUGAUCCCGAAGAGGUUGCGAAAUACUUCGAGAAGCACAAGCACGAGCUCCCAAGGAGUCAUGAGGUCUGCAUCACUCGCUUUCAGAGCAACCAGGAAAGCAUCGAUCAGCUGGACCGCAAAUACGGCAACCUCGUCAACAUGAUUCAAGGACUGGGCCAGAAGCACCAAGCUUGGCUGCCUGAAGAACCGGAAGAUGCGAUCGAGGAAGAGCUGGAACAUGAGGGCAAGCCAGAUUCAAAGGCGGACGCGAAGGUCACAAAGUGGGUGAGGGCCGUGUCAGACAGCUUGCAAGGUGUGGCAUCACCACCAGAGGACAUACCACAAGAGCCGGUUGCAGACAAGGAUAGGACGAGUCACUUUGAUCGGCCCCUCAAGGAUGUAAGGGUGGGCGAAUCACCAAGCCGACCAUGGGGCAUCUCGAUCCCAGCCAAGUACACAAACGCCGAAAGCUCGUCCUCAGUCGGCUCUGCCGCGACCGCCUCUCCACCAGUGCCGCUCAAAACUGAUCGUGAGAUUGGUCAGAUGCAACAAAAGUCUGCCGGCAAAUGUCCAUUCGAUCACGAGGCUUUGGCCAGGAUGCGAGCAGGAGGGGCGCCGCAAGCAGUGCCUACUAUGCCCACGAUGCCUACGGUGGCGACUGCACUUACACAGCCCGGAUCCAGCAGUUACCGAUCGCCCAGUCCAAAGCCGGAGCCUACCGUCAAGCCCGAGCCGGUACCGCAGCCUCCGCCAUCACCGUCGAAAGAGCAGGAUACUCCCAAGGUGAUUCCUCAGAUGGUCUUCAACGGUCCGGUCUUCCUUGGAUACCCUCCGGAGCAACUCAUUGCGCUAUUACAAAACAGCAACCUCGGAGGUGCUUUUCGCGGGGCUUGAUGCAGGAAGAGUUGUUUGAAGCGUUUAUCUGUUUUCACCCAGCGUGCGUCUUGUAGCCACUAGUCUGAGCGUUUUGUAUGUCCCUAGACCUCUUCUUCUCGUCAUCAAGCGUCUCUCUUUCAUCGCUAGCGUGGAGUUCUGGCGCCCUGCAUGUUCGUCUAUCAUCCAGCAUCCACUCGCUCAACGUGUGGCGCACAUGUUUAUAGUUCAGUCAUCAACGAGGGCCACAUGGCCCUCCUUACAUCACUAGAUCUUGUCAUCGACCCUCUGUCUC